GCGCGCUCCAACCAAGAGGAAAGGGAGGGGGUCAACGAGAAAGAAGGAGGGUAGGAGGGGUAAGAGAGGAGGAGGAGGGUAGGGGGGGAUAGGAGAGGGAGGAGAAGGAGGAGAAGAAGCGGGCGACGAUGGCGGUUCGAAACUUUUUGACAGUGGUUCGGAGAGCGCCGCUCUACCGCGGGAGCGGGCGCAACAGUGGCGCAACAGCUCCGCAGCGGGGAAUGCUGAACAUCGGCGCACCGGCUCCUCCUUGUCCCAUGCCGGCCCGUCCGAGCUACUAUGAUAGAUUCGGCUUCAGCAGCGGCGGUGGCAUGGACACCAUCGGUCUGGACUUUCCUUCCUCCGUAGCCUGCUGCCCCUUUCACUCGUGCAAUGGUGGCAUGGGCCUGCAUCCGACCUGUCUACCCGGCGCCGCCACCAGCAUAUACGGCUCUCCCGGCGGCAGUCUUCAAUGGCCGCCUACUUGUGCGAUCGCACCAGGCGGCGGACUGGCAGGAGUAGGCGGAGGAGGGGGAGGGGGAGUAGGAGGAGGAGGAGGAGGAGGAGGAGGAGGAGGCUUGACACCACCGCCUCAAAUCCCCUCCUCCUCCCCUGCCUCCUGCUACCAUCCUAAUCGUCAAUUAUGGCCGCGGCCAAGGUACUUCUCGGCUUCCCCCGACAUGACAACCAUUCCUCCUCAAGCCAAUCUACUAGCUCCCGAGGAGAAGACGUACGCGCGAGAUGUGCAAGAGUAUAAUGAGGUGCUGUACAAAUUGUCCCGAUCCAAGCGGGCCUAUCUGAUGAGAGAUGUUUACGAAGACAUGUUGAUGGAUGGCAUCCGUCCCAAUCGCGACACCUAUCAUCUGCUUAUCCCGGCUUGCAUGAAGGCGCAUCGUCUCCAGGACGUGAUGUACUUCUUCAGCGAGAUGAAGUCCAGCGGUCUGAUCCCCGACCUCGUGCUCUUCAACUGCAUCAUCUCCACUUGCGGGCGGUGUUUUCAGGUCCGCCGAGCCUUCGAAGUUGCCGAGGAGAUGAAGGCCUUGGGCAUUCAACCCAAGCUGAGGACGUUCGUGGCUCUGCUGAAUGCCUGCGGCACGUCGGGCCGAGUGGAGGAGGCCUACGACGUCGUGAUGCAGAUGGCAGCUCACGGCCUCACUCUCAACAAGUACUGCUACAGCGCUCUCAUCACUGCGCACAAGAAUCGACGGCCAGUGACUCAGGACACGUUCGUGAAGAUCUUUGAGCUUCUCGAUCAGGCCCGCGCACAGAUGAAGAUGAACGCUGAGGACGACCUCGGCUACCCCGGUCUGGGAGACGAGUACGACGAGAUCACCGAAGAGAUUGCCUGGAUGCAGGAUGUGCCCGCCAAGAGAGGCUUGAUUACACACAAGGCCGCCGUGUACAAUGCCGCUCUGCGUGCCUGUGUCGAUCUGCGUAAUCAUGAAGCGGCGAUGAAAGUGAUCGACAGAAUCAAGGAGGACGGACUGAAGCCAGACGCUUACGUGUUCACGCAUCUGAUUCGCUCUUACUUGAUGCAAGGGGACAUGGACAAGGCUGUGGGGACCUUCGACAAGUACAUGGCGACGGGAGGACACCCUUCUCUCGACAUUUUCAUGAUUAUGAUCGAGGGUGCCAUUCGGCGAUACAAGCCGGAGACGAUGGAGCUUGCGAAGCGGCUGUUGAAGAUGAUGGAAGAGCAUGGGUAUUUCUUAAACCCCAAGUUUGGGGGGCAGCUGCUCUCUCUGGCGGCGAGAGAGCAUGGCGGCGACUUCUCCACGGCCAACAUGAUAUGGGACAUGUUAGACAAGCAGAACCGGAAACCUCACUUCAAGGCGGCGUUCGCGUACCUGCAGGGAUUGCAAAAUCGCGGCACUCAGGCGACCGAUCAGCGAUUGCUCGCUGUGAAGUCCCUUGUAUCUCCGGAUUUGAUGAGGAUGCAGCGGCAAGGAGUAGGUUCAGCAGGAGGGGGAGGAAAUGGGGGAAACGGAGUAAAUGGUGGGAGUGGUGCAGGAGCAGUUGGAUCUGCUGGAGGCGGAGGAGGCGGAGGAGGAGGAGGAGGACGAGGAGGAGGCGGUGGUGCGGGAGGUCCAAUGUCUAUGGCUGGUAAUCUCAGACCUUGGAUUCGAGGUGGCGGGGCUGUUCAGCGGCCUGAGCUUAGCUCCGUCGCAGGAGGAGGACCGUUUGCUUCUACCUCUUCCAGCCAUCCGCAUCCUCCUCACAUCAACGGCCAUCGCGAACGCAUCGGUCCUGGGGAUUUGAACAGCGAAGACGAGGUCUCCGGAGAUGACAGCGAUGAUGAAAGGCUUGGGAAAGUUCCCCUCUUUGGACUCAGUUCGCCUUUUGGCGACGUGGCCUCUCGAUUGGGACACAUCUUCUGACAGACUUGACUCGCAAUGACAUGAUGAAGGGAAGGAGUUGGGAGAGAGGAGGUCUUCGUGGGGAUGGUUAAGGUUAUGUACGAUCAAGCUUCACGGAAUUGC